UGUAUAUAAGCGGUGUAACAUGUAGGUCAAAAUCAGUCGUACAAUAAUCACAACAUCAGCUUUGCUCAAUACGAAAAGAUGAAAUCAUCGGCUUUGUCGUUGGCUUUUGCCUUAAUCCUCAUGAUGACGAUCAUGUAUACUAAAGCGGAUGCGGAAGCAAGUGCCGAUGCUGAUGCCGUUGCUGAUUCCGAUGCGGAAGCUAAUCCUGAGGCAUUCUGGCCAGCUCUCCUAGGUAUAGCAUCUGCCUUGUUAAAACGUUAACAAACGGAAGUAUUGAAAGACGAAAAUACACAUGAAAAUGGAAUACGAAGAAGCGAUAACUCUGGAAAUAAAUUAAAUAAUGUUCUAUUUCAAAAAUUUCUUUUAACUUGUGUUUAUCACAGAUAAUUGAUGUCGUUUAAAUUGUCAUUUGAUUGAAUAAUAAUAUAUUUUGCAAAUUUA